UUAAUGGGUGAGACACCCUGAGUGUUCACUCCCCCCCCCCCGUGAUGACUUCUCACUACUCCGUUUUCCCUCCAGUUUCCUUUAACUCUUGAGAUUACCCCUUCCCAUCACCAUUUUGAUCCUCCCCGAGCUUUUUUUUUUUUUUUCUCACGUCCAUUAAUUUGACCCAGGCCAAAGCCCAGCUGUUCUUAAAUUAUCUCCCAAUUCCAAGGAACUCUGUCUCUGCCUAAUCACCCCUGAGAUGUGUGUGUCUGGGAGGGGGGCAGUAGAGUGGGAUUGUCAGUCACUGGCCUUACUAGGAAUGGCUGAGCUGGAGAGAGGAGCAGUAAAGCUUCUAGAAGCAGUCUAUCUAUUUAAGAAAACAGUCUCCAAAAUUAGGCCUCCCUGAUGUUUUCUGAUCACACUGUCCUUACCUCUCUCUUAUUGGUUGGAUAUGACUUAAGUUCCUGUUGCUCUCAUCCAGCCCCACUCAGUUUGCUGUUUUUGAAACAGGCUUCAAUCCCUCGUGUCUCCACAGUUUAGCUCAGGACCUUCCUGAGCUGUUCAGUGAUGAGGAUAUAGUAUCACCUAGGCUAAGUUAGGAAGGAAAGCUAAAGUGAUAGAGAGGAGACUCUGGAGUCAGCUCUCCGGGUUAUCUCAGGCCCCAGUGAUGUGGCCUGCCCUGGGGCUACAUUUUUGUCACCUCUCUGACACUGGUGCAGGUGAGGUGAAGGGCAGGGGCUGAGUAAUUUUUCACAAGCAAUGGAAAAGAGAGUUCCCAGGUUCUGGAUUUGGAAGUGAAUUGACUGAUUACCUAGCAGCAUUUCUCUUGCCUCUUCAACUACCCCCACCCUAGCGUCCUCCUGACUGCAAGUUCGUUAGUGCUUUUAGCUUGUGAUGUUGGGUUUGAUUGAUGAGGAAGAUUAACAGACUCAUGAGUUUCCUCUUAUCUGAUACUUCGUUGGAGCACGGGACUUGUGGGGCUUUCCGUCCCUCCCUCCCAGGCCGACCAGAGCUCCUGCUGGCUGACCAACUGCUCAGUCUUGGGCUGGGAACUUUUUUCAGAGCAGGUUCAUUUUCAGCCUCCUGGACUGUUUGAUCUCUUGUUGAUGAGAUUUAUUCCCUUCCAACCCUUGAAUAUACUGCUCUAGCUCAGAAAUUAGCUCAGGAAGGGGAAUUUAGACAGUGUUUUCAGAAAGGGAACAAGCUAUGAAAUGAAAGUAUGAGACCCGGAUUGUGUUGUUCUUCUGCAGGAGCUUUUUUUGGAAAAGAAAUCAUCCUGUGAGCAGGAGUGAGAGCAGAGAUGAUGAACUUUGUUAACCUUUGAUGUGAGGAGCUCAGCAGGACGGAGAGUGGAACCUCGCUAGAUUUGCAUCCUGAAGCCAUGGAGCAGGGGGCCAUGGUGACCUGAGACCAAUGGACUCUGUCCAGUUGCCCCUUAUUGCCCCUUCUGACUCCCCUACCCUAAAGUAAGGGUACUUGACUCCAGCUUUUCAGGGGACUGACCCUGAGGAAAUCCUUUUCCCUUAUUUUCCUAUCUUUCUACCCUCCUGAGAGAGCCCCAGCCUAUAGAACUCCUACCUCCCAUCCCCUGAGGUAGUCCCCAUCCCUGCUUCCCCUUCCCCGCCUCCCCUUCCCCGCCAUGCUCAAGCUGUGGAAGGUGGUACGCCCAGCUCGGCAGCUGGAACUGCACCGCCUCAUACUGCUGCUGAUUGCUUUCAGUCUGGGCUCCAUGGGCUUCCUGGCUUACUAUGUGUCCACCAGCCCCAAGGCCAAGGAACCCUUGCCCCUGCCCUUGGGAGACUGCAGCAGUGGUGGGGCAGCUGGCCCUGGCCCUGUGCGUCCUCCAGUCCCGCCACGGCCCCCCAGGCCACCAGAGACAGCUCGAACUGAACCUGUGGUCCUUGUAUUUGUGGAGAGUGCAUACUCCCAGCUGGGACAGGAGAUUGUGGCCAUCUUGGAGUCUAGUCGUUUUCGUUAUAGCACCGAGCUAGCACCUGGCCGAGGGGACAUGCCCACACUGACUGAUCAUACCCGUGGCCGCUAUGUCUUGGUCAUUUAUGAAAACCUGCUCAAGUAUGUCAACUUGGAUGCAUGGAGUCGGGAACUGCUAGACCGGUACUGUGUGGAGUAUGGUGUGGGCAUCAUUGGCUUUUUCCGAGCCCAUGAACAUAGCCUACUGAGUGCCCAGCUCAAGGGCUUUCCCCUUUUUCUACACUCAAAUUUGGGGCUCCGGGACUACCAAGUGAAUCCUUCUGCCCCCCUACUGCAUCUCACACGCCCCAGCCGCCUAGAACCUGGGCCACUGCCUGGUGAUGACUGGACCAUCUUCCAAUCCAAUCAUAGCACAUAUGAACCAGUGCUUCUUGCCAGCCUUCGGCCAGCUGAGCCCCCUGUGCCAGUACCAGUGCCUCGCCGGACCCGGCUUCCCACUGUCAUACAGGACCUGGGGCUUCAUGAUGGCAUCCAACGGGUGCUCUUUGGCCAUGGCCUUUCCUUCUGGCUUCACAAGCUUGUUUUUGUUGAUGCUGUUGCGUACCUCACUGGCAAGCGCCUCUGCCUAGACCUUGACCGCUACAUCUUAGUAGACAUCGAUGACAUCUUUGUGGGCAAGGAAGGUACCCGCAUGAAGGUGGCUGAUGUUGAGGCUCUGUUGACCACCCAGAACAAACUCAGGACCUUAGUCCCCAACUUCACCUUCAACCUGGGCUUCUCGGGCAAGUUUUAUCAUACUGGGACAGAGGAGGAGGACGCAGGGGACGACAUGCUGCUGAAGCACCGCAGAGAGUUCUGGUGGUUCCCCCACAUGUGGAGCCACAUGCAGCCACACCUGUUCCACAAUCGCUCCGUGCUGGCUGACCAGAUGAGGCUCAACAAACAGUUUGCUCUGGAGCAUGGGAUUCCCACGGAUCUGGGGUAUGCUGUGGCCCCCCACCACUCGGGUGUAUACCCCAUCCACACGCAGCUCUAUGAGGCCUGGAAAUCUGUGUGGGGCAUCCAGGUGACCAGCACUGAGGAGUACCCCCAUCUCCGCCCUGCCCGCUACCGCCGUGGCUUCAUUCACAAUGGCAUUAUGGUACUGCCACGGCAGACAUGUGGCCUCUUCACUCACACAAUCUUCUAUAACGAAUAUCCCGGAGGUUCUCGUGAACUAGACAGGAGCAUCCGAGGUGGAGAGCUCUUUCUGACAGUGCUGCUUAAUCCGAUCAGCAUUUUUAUGACCCAUCUGUCCAAUUAUGGAAAUGAUCGGCUGGGCCUGUAUACCUUUGAGAGCCUGGUGCGCUUCCUCCAGUGCUGGACACGGCUGCGCCUACAGACCCUUCCUCCUGUCCCUCUCGCACGAAAGUACUUUGAACUGUUCCCUCAAGAGCGAAGCCCCCUUUGGCAGAAUCCUUGUGAUGACAAGAGGCACAAAGAUAUCUGGUCCAAGGAGAAAACCUGUGAUCGGCUCCCCAAGUUCCUGAUUGUGGGCCCCCAGAAGACAGGGACCACAGCUAUUCACUUCUUCCUGAGCCUGCACCCAGCUGUGACUAGCAGCUUCCCUAGCCCCAGCACCUUUGAGGAGAUUCAGUUCUUCAACGGCCCUAAUUACCACAAGGGCAUUGAUUGGUACAUGGACUUCUUCCCUGUCCCUUCCAACGCAAGCACUGACUUUCUGUUUGAAAAAAGUGCCACCUACUUUGACUCAGAGGUUGUACCACGUCGGGGGGCUGCUCUCCUGCCACGAGCCAAGAUCAUCACUGUGCUCACCAACCCUGCUGACAGGGCCUAUUCCUGGUAUCAGCACCAGCGAGCACAUGGAGACCCAGUUGCUCUGAAUUAUACCUUCUACCAGGUGAUAUCCGCCUCCUCUCAGGCCCCUCUGGCACUUCGCUCCCUGCAGAACCGCUGUCUUGUCCCUGGCUACUAUUCCACCCAUCUGCAGCGCUGGCUGACUUACUAUCCCUCCGGACAGUUGCUGAUUGUGGAUGGGCAAGAGCUGCGUACCAACCCAGCUGCCUCAAUGGAGAGCAUCCAGAAGUUCCUGGGUAUCACACCCUUUCUGAACUACACACGGACCCUCAGGUUUGAUGAAGAUAAGGGAUUCUGGUGCCAGGGACUUGAAGGUGGUAAGACUCGCUGUCUCGGGAAGAGCAAAGGCCGAAGGUAUCCAGAUAUGGACACUGAGUCCCGCCUUUUUCUUACGGAUUUUUUCCGGAACCACAAUUUGGAUCUGUCGAAGCUGCUAAGCCGGCUUGGACAGCCAGUGCCCUCAUGGCUUCGGGAAGAACUGCAGCAUUCCAGUCUGGGCUGAUGUCCGGGCCUCCUGUACCAGCAAAAGCCCCCUGCUUCCCUAAAGGGCAAGCCUAGAGAAGGGCCCACAAGAGGGAUAGAGUGGCCCAGCCCCUGCCCCUUCUACCUCAGUGGCCCCCAGGCCUGGGAUGGCUGAGAAGGGAAGGGCAGUCCUUUCCCACAGCUCUGGGGUCUUAUAAAGGGGCUUCCCUUGAUACCCCACAUCGUGGUACUAGGCAUCUUUGACCCAUGGUCUUGGAAGGUGGGCAGGAAUGAAAGGGUCCAGGCAGGGUGUAGAGGAACUUAUUAAUCCAGUGAUUUCCCUCUUCAUCCUCAGCAGUAUAUCUAUACCUGACUAUGGGAGGGACCCCCUACUGUGGGAUCAAUGGGAUCUACCUGUGGCCCGGCCUCCCUAAUGUCAUUCACAUUGAAUGGGGACGAGGCCGGACAGUGGCUCAUAGAGCUAAGUAUGAGCCCUAGCUGUGGGCUAGAAAUGUCCUUAAAUAAACAUCCUUAUUUUUC